GGAAGGAUACAGAGAUGCGUAUGGUAGUGGUUUGGGCGCGUGGACGCAUCUGUGAGGAGGACCUGGACAUGUGACUAUGUGUGGGUUUCCCGAAUAAAAGUGAGGAAGAUGAAAAAUGCAGUAAUUUGCUUAACAUCGUUAUUCAGUCUCCGUUUACAGGCCCCGUAGUAUUUAAAUGAAUUGAAUAUUUCUUGUUGUCUUUUGGCUUCAUUAUUGCCUGGACGUGCUAUCUGCUGCUUAGUGUAACAUGGGAAGCAUCAUCAGACGUGCUGUAAACGUUGUGGUAGCACUGCUACUCCCACUGCCCAUGUUGCUGUCUCUCUGAUUGCUGGCUUCCUUUACCUGGAUCCCAUCUACUCCAGCAUCCAAGGCCAGUUGACACACCUUCCCAGUGGAAAGCAGCCGCCGAGAGAAAGGCAGGUGUGCCCUUUAAGAGGGAGAAAAGCUGAGGCAAGGACAGCAUCCCAGUCUCCAUCCUCUGUGGAGAAACAGGCUGACAUGGUUGGCACUAAUCAAAGGCCCAAACCUGUCUGAGAGAGCCAUAACAGCAGACCCAAUGGACAUCAAAGGACAGUGUUGGACAGACGAGGAGUCAGAUGGGGAGAACGAAUCAGAACAAUUCCUAUAUGGCAUUCAGGGGAGUUGUGCUGCUGACCUGUAUCGACACCCUCAACUGGAUGCAGACAUUGAGGCUGUAAAAGACAUCUACACUGACAGUGCUAUCUCUGUCAGGGAGUAUGGAACCAUUGAUGAUGUAGACAUCGAUCUUCAUAUUAACAUCAGUUUCUUAGAUGAGGAAGUUGCGACGGCAUGGAAAGUUAUCAGAACAGAACCAAUUAUUCUGAGACUUCGCUUUUCUCUUUCUCAGUAUCUUGAUGGACCCGAGCCGUCAGUAGAAGUGUUCCAGCCGUCAAAUAAAGAAGGUUUCAGCUUGGGCCUGCAACUUAAAAAGAUCCUGAGCACAUUCACCUCACAGCAGUGGAAGCACCUCAGUAAUGAGUUUCUCAAGGCCCAGCAGGAGAAGAGGCACAGCUGGUUCAAAGCCGGAGGGACCAUCAAGAAGUUCCGUGCCGGGCUCAGCAUCUUCUCCCCCAUCCCAAAGUCUCCAAGUUUUCCUCUGAUCCAAGACACAGUUUUAAAAGGGAAGCUGAGUGUCCCUGAGCUGAGGGUGACGCGCUUAAUGAACCGCUCCAUCUCCUGUACCAUGAAGAACCCUAAAGGAGAGCUAUUCAGCUAUCCACCAAAUAGCCAGACUGUGGCUGUCCCGGCGGCCAGGGCCCCAGCGCAGAUUACCACGAGGCAGCUGAUUGAAUUGUUUUUCUCAUCCCAGGCGGGCGGCCACUGCAAGAACAUUCCUACCUUGGAGUAUGGCUUCUUAGUGCAGAUAAUGAAGUACUCAGAACAGAGGAUCCCCACACUUAAUGAGUACUGCGUGGUUUGUGACGAACAGCAUGUCUUUCAGAAUGGAUCCAUGCUGAAGCCUGCUGUGUGCACAAGGGAGCUGUGUGUGUUCUCUUUCUACACUCUGGGUGUUAUGUCUGGAGCUGCAGAGGAAGUGGCCACCGGAGCAGAGGUCGUGGACCUUCUUGUAGCUAUGUGUCGAGCUGCCCUGGAGUCUCCUCGUAAGAGCAUCAUAUUUGAACCUUACCCUUCAGUUGUUGAUCCCAAUGACCCCAAGACUCUUGCCUUUAAUCCAAAGAAGAAGAAUUAUGAAAGACUACAAAAAGCACUGGAUAGUGUAAUGUCCAUUCGGGAAAUGACCCAGGGUUCAUAUCUGGAGAUUAAGAAACAGAUGGACAAACUAGACCCUUUGGCCCAUCCCCUGCUACAGUGGAUUAUUUCCAGUAACAGAUCUCAUAUCGUCAAGCUGCCUCUCAGUAGGCAACUGAAAUUCAUGCACACCUCCCACCAGUUCCUCCUGCUCAGCAGCCCCCCAGCCAAGGAAGCUCGUUUUCGCACUGCCAAGAAGUUAUACGGCAGCACUUUUGCCUUCCAUGGUUCCCAUAUAGAGAACUGGCACUCUGUUCUGAGAAAUGGACUAGUCAAUGCCUCUUAUACCAAACUGCAGCUGCAUGGGGCAGCGUACGGAAAGGGCAUCUAUCUGAGCCCCAUCUCCAGCAUAUCUUUUGGAUACUCAGGAAUGGGGAAAGGACAGCACCGCAUGCCCACCAAAGAUGAACUAGUGCAGCGUUACAACCGCAUGAACACUAUACCACAGAGCCGUCCUAUCCAGUCAAGGUUCCUUCAGAGUCGAAACUUGAACUGUAUUGCUCUUUGUGAAGUUAUCACAUCAAAGGAUCUGCAGAAGCAUGGAAACAUCUGGGUGUGUCCGGUUUCUGACCAUGUCUGUACUCGCUUCUUUUUUGUAUAUGAGGAUGGCCAAGUAGGAGAUGCUAACAUCAACACCCAAGAGCCUAAGGUGCAGAAGGAGAUCAUGCGUGUGAUUGGGACCCAGAUCUACUCGAGCUAAUGGAGGUUCACCAGCAGUGUUUGGAUCCAUACGUUUCUCUGUGGGAGGCACACAGGCAGGCAGACAGUUUUAGCGAAUGUUUUCAGCUGGGCUGUCCUCAGGCCUGAUAAUGAAGGAUGAGGGAGCUCUUAAGCACAUUAUUUCAGAAGUUGUUUUGUUCUGGUCUCUUGUUUUCUUUUUUCUUCUUUUUCCGAAUUGUUACACCUUACAUGCUCAUUUAAUCUUCAGUUAGGCUUAAUUGGGGCAAUGUCUUCUUUUCUCAGUUCAUAUCAUUAAAACAAGUGAAGAAAAAUGGCAGUAGGCAUCGGAUAUAUUAUCAACACACACUCUUCUGACCUUGGCUUGACUGGGCUUAUUUCUUUUUUGCUGCAUUUUUACUGAUCCUUUGAACUCUUCAUCUCCAUUUAUUUAUUUAUUUAUCUCUGUGAAUAUAUAGUAAAACAAAUAACCAUUCCAAAUGGUAAUUGUUCCCUUUGUGGCAAACAAGUAAGUGAUGGAUUUACAUACACAUGGAAUUUUUUAUUUUUUUAUUUUUGUGUUUGCAAAGUCUUUAUCCCUUUUCUUAUUAUUCAGUGUUCUUUCAGUAAUGAUAUGAAUUAAUGUUUGUGAUAUGUUUAGCCCCUGAGCAGCAAGUAUUGCUCUGUCGUUUCAUCCCUGCAUACUCAAUGAAUUUCCCAGAAUCCAAAACACGAGGUGUUGGUGUGGUUUAGACUCAGAUCACAUACACAUUAAGCACUUUGCUUUUGAUGUGGGGGUUUACCAUGAUUAGAAUUUUUCACAGAACGAUUAAGACAGUUUUGAUUAAGGAUGCACUUUAAAUCUUUAGAACCCCCAAAUGUCAGAGCUCUAAAAAAAAAAAAAGCUUUGUUCUCUCUGGACACAUUUGUGACAAAAAGAACAAAUUUAAUAAAAUUUCCUUGAGGAUUCAUACAUUGAAAAAUUUGCUGUUGAUAUUUUUAUGAAAUUAAGACAUUGGCAUUGUUUUUGCUCAUUUUAAAUGAAUUCAGUUUAUUGUUUUGGUAAAGAUCUGUUUCUCUUCUUUCAUUCCACAAUUACGAUAAAGUGGACAGUGUUUUGUUGUGAUGACUUACCGCUCCAUCAAGGUUUUGUCUUUGUUCCUGUUUUGAAGAAUAAUGGGAUUUGUAUUUCUUCAACACAAACAGUUAUUUUGAGCAUUUAAAAACCCAGUUGGGGUGACUUUGGUUGUCAGGUUUGACCUUCAAAAACAGCAAUAUGCAGCAAAAUAUAUAGGUGAAAUUAUACACAUUACUCUUGUCUCAUUUGAUGGAAAAAAUGUUGAUCAGAUUUCAUAUAACAUGUUACAUCAAAUACUUGAAGUUUGUUUUCUGUUUAAAAACUACCACAGUCUGUCAUAUACGCCUUUUUUAAGUAGUCUUUACUACUUAAACAUCCAAUGAAUAUCUCAAUUUAAAAUGAAUAUUUUUGUGUAUGAACUACACUGACCAGUGGAUCCACAGACAAAAUCACCUGUACAUAAAAUCAUGGACAGUUUUCUAACUACAAACAUUAUCUAGUCCAGGUGAGCUCACAUCCUUCUCACCCCUAACGCAACUGAGACUGGAUAUUAUAUAGAGGUGCAUGAAUGUGCAACUCUUUGGUUUCACGUUGGAGAAUGGCAAUGUUGUAUAGCUAAACAAGUUUAUCAGUUAGUCAUGUACUGUAUGUAUGUAUGUGUGGCUUUGUAUUUUCUUGACAUUAUAAUAGACAUUGCACUUACUCAGCGUUCGCCUAAACUGGACAAUUUGACUGUCCUUGGGCCUGCAGUAGACGGGAAGUGGUGAAAAAGACAUGAUAAAAUAAAUGUUAAUGGAAUCAGCAAGACUAAAAUAUCCAACAUCUUAACUGUGUUUGUACUAAGAUGGAUUUUGUCUUCUGAAACUGACCACUGAAUGGACUUGUGGGGCAUAAAAACAAAACAGAUUGUACAUAAGGACACUGGAGAGCUUGCUGAAAUGUAUUGCCCAGAAAAAGAUGGACACGUACAGCUGACCCACUGUGGGACUUGGGACUCUUCUAACAGCUGAUGCCUGUUUUUGCCAAGACACUGAGUGUCUUUGAGAGUCGUUUCUCUCGCUGACUGUAACUGGUGAGUAAUGUUUUUGACGAUGAUGUUAUGACAGUGAUGGUGAUUAUGAUCGAGAUGAAAGGGGGCGAUGCAGACAAAAAAAACAAGAAUAAAGCCUGGU